AUGGAGUUCGUGAGCGAUGCGUUGGUGUACAUCGGCGGGUACCUGUUCUUGGUGUUCGUCGCGGUGUGCCUGGCGACCGGUUUGUACUACCUGGCGGAGAUGGUGGAGGAGUACACGCGGUUGACGAAGCGGGUGCUGGAUUACUCGAUCAAGGCGUCGUACGGCUUGCACGCGUUGUUGCUCGUAUUCGAUCGAUUGCCGUUUUUUACGCUGGCGAUCUCGGCGGGGUCGCAGUUCGCGUACUCGAGGAUGCUCAGGCGGUUUCCGUUCAUAGAUUUCACGAGCGUGGAGUUCUUGGGGUCGCUCGCGGCGCUCGCGGCGUCGCACUGGGUGUGGGUGCGACACUUUCACGGAACGUACCACAGCACAGAAUACGUGCUCGGGUUCUUCUUUAUGAUCGUGUGGUUCGUGCCGUUUGGAUUCUUCAUUAGCAUCGCCGCCAACGAGAGCGUGUUGCCGGGAGGGGCCACCGUUCCGGGAGCGCCGCAAGGUGGGAAUCUUGGCGGGUACGACCCGAAUCGAGGCGGAGGGAAGAAGACUCGAAACGCGCUCCUGAUGCUGCUAGACACGCUCAAGAUGUACUGGGCGAGGUUCACAGAAAAAAUCAUGCCCAAGGGUGGGAUUCCUGGGACGUACAGAGACCCGGGACACAUGAAGGGAUGGUGA